ACUCAUUGCAGCGCAGGCCUUCCAUGUUCAUCGCUGCCCCGCAAUUUUAGGCAAAGCCUUCACGGGAAUGUGCGAGGUGAAUGGUGUUCCCUGUAAAUCACUGCUUGACCUACCACUCUUACCAACGCGCAAUACCCUGGGGAUACCUCUGCUGAGGCGUUCUGACAUAGCUAACCUUGCCUCCGCGAGCGCUGCGCUCAAGCAGCUUGGCCUUACAUCUCCUAGCUUGGCAGGCGCGUUUGUAGCUAUAUCUGGAGCCUCAGAUGCUGGCAAGGUGUCCAUACGCAUGCUCGCCGAGGACGGGACUGGUGUAUUCCCAUCCAUUACGGUAUGUGACAAGGCCAGCCCCAGCGGGGUCGCGACCAUCGACCUCAGCUCGGUGCUCGACAGCGACCUGAACGAGCAGCAGUGGCGCGAGGCAGAGGCUGACUACUGCAGCCGGCUGCUGGACGGUCAGGCCGAGGCGAUGAGCCUGCGCGAGGUCACCGACGCCUUCGGUCGGCUCGUCUGCCUGAACCGCUGCUGGGGGCAGCUGCGCGACGCCGCCAUGUGGGUCGCCAAUGCGGUAUCCGCCGGCGACGCAGCUCCUAGCACCGCGCCCGCGCCUGCCGUUAUCGACGCGGCCGUGUUACGGCAGCAGCUGCUGCAGGCUCUGCAGCGGCCCGCCUUCAACGAUUGUGAGCUGCUGGGCUGGCUGGGCCGUGUGGUGCCAUGGAAUGAGGCGGCGGCACGGCGGCUGGCGCAUGCCAAGGCCGCGGCGGCGGCGGGGCCGGCACCUGUGCCCCGGCACCUGCAGCCGCUGCAGCAGCGGCCAAAGCCACCGUCACAGCAGGCGCCGUUGGCUGUUAAGGUUGAGGACGUCAAGGCUGUACACGAGAGUGAGGGGCUCUGCGGGCGGUUGCUGGUGGGCCGGCAUGCGCAAGAAGACAAGCAGCCGCAGCAGCAGCGCCUGAACGAGGAGGACGCAUGUCCUCACGCGCAAACGCGGUGCCCGCACCUUGGCACAGUCCUGGCCCCGGCGCCGGACCACGGCGGCGCGACAGCAGUGGCGCCGAAGACGCCACCGGCAGUAGACGGCCCAGUCUCGCCACCCUACCCGCAGCCUUUCUCGGUGACGACCACCACAUGCCCUGAGAACACAGGGGCAGCCGUUUUCGAGCCGCAACGCGGCUGCCAGCACCACAGCCGCGAGCGAGGCAGGUCUCGCUCACCGCUCCCGGGCACUUGGUAUGCCGCCAUCUCAGGCUCCCAUCCACGGUCCCGGCCCCAGCCUCGGUCCCGCUCACGCUCUCGCUCUCGCUCUCGCUCGCGGUCGCCCGUGCGCUCUCUCCCCACGGCCUCCAUCCCCCGCGCCUGCUCCUUGCCCCGCUCCGACGUGCACUCCCGUCCCGCCGAAGUGGAGGGCAGCACCAGCGGGCCCAGCGGCGGCGACGUGUGCCGCGCGCACGCCGAGCAAGCAUCACCAGCGGCGGCGGUGGGCUCGGAGGGUGGCGCUGCAUUGGAACCAUCGGCGGAGCCAGACGGCGCUGGACAGAGUCAAGCAGCAGCAGCGGCUGUUGUACGUACGGGGCAGCCGCCAGCCCAGCAAAUGCAGCAGCAGGCGUGGUCUCCAGUGCGUCCCCGGGACCCCCGCCGGGCGCAGGCCGCCGGAUGCGGCGUUUCCACAGCGGGCAGCGGCGGGGCCGCAGCUGGGGUGACUCCAGCGGCUUCGCUUGCAGCGGCGCAAGACCGGUGGGAGGGGCCGGCUGGACAUGCGGCUGAUGCGGUGCCGGAGCCCGGCGGCGUCGCGGCAUCUGCGGCGGUGAUAACUCAGACGCUGUCACGCGAGGGCGGCGAGGCGCGGACGUGCCGGCGGCUGGGCAAUCAGCCCGCCCAUCUGUCUGAGGGUCAGCUGCCCGUGUGUGCCCCCACCUACCGCUUCUCCUUUGGGCGGCCUGCAGCGCCCCCGCCGGGUGACCUGCGAUCGCCAUCACACCACCGCUCCCGCUCGCCCGCCCACCAGCGGAGUAGGUCCCACUCACGCUCGCGCUCGCGCUCUCCCGCGCGCUACCAGCACCACUCACGCUCUCGCUCCCGGUCUCCCAGCCACCGCCGCUUGGGCGGCGCACCCCACGACUCCCUGGCAGCGCAGGAGCUGGCGUGGGCCCAGCAAGUGCACGCGUGGCUGCUGCGCCAACCGAACCAAGCGGCUCUCGUGCGGCAAAUUCUCACAGCGGGGUUGGGCGUGCCCGGCCAGGUGCUUGCGGCAUCUAGCCUGAACCCAAACGAGUACUGGCGGAAGUACCCGCACCUCUGGACCUACCACGGCCGCUUCCGUUCUCAACCAGCGGAGCUCCGCGCCCUGCCGCCGCGCACUGGCGCGAGCCGCGCCAUUGCGGCGCCAGGUGCUGCUGCUACUGGUGUUUGUCCAGGAGAGCUGGCUGGGGCGGCGGCGGGGGCGGCAGCUGGCGCGGCGCCCGGGAUGCCAGCGGUGCCGGGAGGAGGGGAACGGCCGCUGGGGCAGGUGCAGGCGCGCUACCUAAGGUCGUUGUACGCCUUCCUGCUCAAGCGCCCAGAGGGGAUUGCGGUUCGGGACCUCAGAAGUCACGGCCUGGAAGUACCAGAAGGCAUGCUGCAAGGCCGCCGUAUGUCUGCCUUCCUGAAGGCUUACCAAGACAUGGGGAUACUGCAGAUCAACACCCGGCCCCGUUCGGUGCCGCUGGAGGUGCGGGCGGUGCCGGGCCUGGAGGCGGAGGCCGCGCUGGAGGCGGCGUGUGACCGGCUGCUCGCCAUGAGCAGGGAGCGCAAGCCAUUGAGUGAUAGAGGCCGUGGGGAUGAGGGGAAACACAGAGCGCCGCGUGGCGCCACACGUGGGCUUGAGUAGUUGAGUGCGGUCCCGUGCAGACAACACGCUGGCCUGGUUGUGGUUGUCGUUGUGGUUGGGAUUGGGGUUGGGGUUGCGGCACCUUGGAAUUGAUCUCUAUCUGUUAAUGUAGCAGCCUUGAGACAAGCCAUGAUGCAAGCCGGGAGGACAUAUGAUAAUGCAGGGACACGUGCACGUGUAUGUCGUUGGUCACCGCAGGAUGCUUGAGAAGUGGAGAUGCAAGCUGUUGGUGGUGCAGGGUUGCGCAACAUACAUCAUGUAUGGCUGCAGCACAUGAUGUGUGGCCCGAAACUGUGCGGCAUGCAAGCUUAUGUGCCAAAGGCUGCGGGUACUUGAACGUGUAUGGGGGGUUUGGAUUGAGUUCGGGGAUUCUGAAGUUACUGAGUUUACAGAGGCGGGGUGGGACUGGGUGGGCAUGAUCGCGCAGGUGGCUGAAUGGGUCUCGAAGGGCCGAUGUGCUCAGGCAGAGUGGCGGCCCAAAUCCAACACAACCUUAUAAAUCACGAGAG